UGAAUCGUGUGUGUGUGGCGAACGCGGGUGCACAUAUCCGGGGAUGCUCCGUGAACGUAGCGUUGGUGGCGUCGUAUACUCUUCCGUUCGCGCAGAGACCUGCAUGCCUGUCUGCCUGGUGCCUGGAUUGUCUGUGUGUGUGACAUUUUUUUCUUCGGAAGUGCCGACUGACUGACCACCGAGUUUGGUACCACCAACGUGCAGGAUGUUUACCCGGCUGUCUGGCCGCCGUUACCACCGCGCCCAGCAGCAGCCCUUCGUCACCGCCGUCGUCGUCGUCGUCGCUGACUCUGCUGCCGCGCGCGCGCCCGCCAUGAGAAUUGUCGCGUCGCUGCUGCCUUAUCACUGACUCGUCGCCGCCGCCGCCGUCGUCAUUAGCAGGUUGAAUAGAUUCGUCCAGAAAGUGCCAUGGAUGAUGAGGAGCGGCUCGAAGGUGAGGAGGAAAUGGAGCUGGAUGAGGCUUCCGACGGUGAGGACGAUGAUGAGGAGACCUCAGGUAUUCCUGUGUCACCAGCCAAUUCAGAUCAAUUGCUGGGAUCAACUCCAACACCUGUCACACCAGACGAAGGUUUUCCCGAUCCACUACGGUACCAGAAGUUUCCUUUAACUGGAGGCAAACCUCUGAACAUUCGACGUGGACCUGGAAGGCCUAGAAAAGAACGUCCUCUUGGGAUCACCCGCGGAGGAGGCACUAGAAAAUCUUUUGGAAGAGGUAGCGCGAGAGGCAAAGGAUUGGGCUAUGCAAGAGGCGUACCACGUCGUACCAAAAGUAAGGAUGAGGAUACACACUCAGAGUCACCGAGUCCUCUACGUACCGGGGACGACGCUACCCCUGAUGGCGAGUCAAGCGCCGAGAGAUCAAUGCCGGCUCCUGAAGAGCCGCCUUACUUUCCCGAACAAUGGCCAGGGAAAGUUUGCGCAUUGUGUAACUUGGGCGAGAGGAGUCAGUUGGGACAAGGUGAACUCAUGCGGUUAUCGUGUCCACCGGGCUUCACGCCAGAAAAAUCGGCGAAUCGCGACGAGAUCACCGUCGCUGAGACUCAUCAUCUUACGGACGUUACCGCUGCUGGUGACAAAAGUCCACGCGCUGCUACUGCCGGACCUGGAGCCGUUACAUGUCGCCGGCAGAAGAGUUUAGCUAAGUGCAGGAAUACUAGUCUGACGAAUUUUUCGGAGCCGGUGGAGGAAUUGACGAUCGUAGGCUACUCGGAAGAGCCAGAGCUGGGUGCGCUUUUCGAGACAACAGGCCAUUACUACGUUCAUCACUCGUGCGUAAUCUGGUCCAGCAACAGUCAAGAAGUAGCAUCGGAACUGGCGAGCCGUGCCGUCGUAUCGGCUUCGUCACGACGUUGCGCUUAUUGCUCGCACUACGGCGCCGGAAUUCCUUGCAAAGUGGCAUCGUGCAAUCGUUAUUUUCAUUUCCCGUGUGCUGCAGCCUCCAGUUGCUUUCAGGACACUAAAAGCUUGUCUCUUUUCUGUGGUCAACAUUUAGGACAAGUUCCACUUUUGUUGAGCGGGGAUGUAACUUGCGUGCAAUGCUAUGGAAUGGGCGAUGUGUCAAAUCUGGUCAUGUGUUCCAUCUGCGGCCAUCACUACCAUGGCGGUUGCGUAGGACUGGCGUUGUUGCCCGGAGUUCGCGCCGGCUGGCAGUGUGUAACCUGUCGCGUGUGUCAAGUAUGCCGACAACCCGAGGAUGUCUCCAAGGUGAUGUUGUGCGAGCGUUGUGAUAAGGCUUAUCAUCCUGGCUGCUUACGUCCAAUUGUAACGUCCAUUCCAAAGUACGGUUGGAAAUGUAAAUGUUGUCGCGUUUGUACUGACUGUGGCUCUCGUACGCCUGGUGCAGGUCUAUCCUCCAGGUGGCAUUCUCAUUAUACAGUAUGCGACUCAUGUUACCAACAACGAAAUAAGGGUUUUUCUUGUCCGCUCUGCAGAAAGGCAUACAGAGCUGCAGCGUAUCGUGAGAUGGUACAGUGCAACGUAUGUAAAAAAUUUGUGCAUGGCACAUGUGACUCGGAAGCUGAUCCAACUGUGUACCAACAACGUAAGGAGGCUAAGCCGGACUACGAGUAUGUGUGUUUACAUUGUAAGAAGAGUGUAGCGGCCUAUGCACGUCGCAAGGAUAGCAUGGACGAAUGUGGUGGCACUACCAUAAACAGUGAGCAGAGCACGUCGCAGGAUAAUCUUUUUUACGGAGGUGCUCCUCGUAGUCCACGAAGCGAAUCCUCGGAGUUCGACUGUCAAAGUAGCGGCGCUGACGAGGCGCUCUACUCUGUUGGUCUUGGUAAGGGCAAGCCUUACUAUGCUAAUAAGAUCGCCAAAAAGAGACUGGGCCUCGGUUUGGGACUAGGAAGCGGCGGCGGGUGUGUCGGUAGACCCAAAGGUGUUGGCAAGCUCGGUUACCAAAAACGUCAAAAAAUGACCGAAUUUGGAAGGAAGAGAGGACCCAAAGCAAAGAUGAGAGGCAUUUUUGGCGCUCCUGGAGUUGGUUUGCAGCAAAUAUCUUCAAUAUUUCAGCGUCCGGCGCCGGACUCUUCCUCGAAGGAGGAUGAGCCCGGGGUGGAGAAUCGCCUGGUCCUCUGUUCGGCCAAAGACAAGUUCGUGUUAACUCAGGACAUUUGCGUGAUGUGCGGUGCGAUUGGUACCGAUCAGGAAGGUUGUCUGAUAGCGUGUGCACAGUGUGGCCAGUGCUACCAUCCAUAUUGCGCCAAUGUUAAGGUCACAAAGGUGAUUCUGCAGAAGGGUUGGCGCUGUCUCGAUUGUACCGUCUGCGAAGGCUGCGGAGAACGAAAUGAUGAGGGACGCCUGAUUCUGUGCGACGACUGUGACAUCAGCUAUCAUAUCUAUUGCAUGGAUCCACCAUUGGAAUACGUGCCCCAUGGAAACUGGAAAUGUAAAUGGUGCGCUCAGUGUCAAACUUGCGGCUCCAACGAUCCAGGUUUCAAUAGCUCCUGGCAAAAAAGUUACACCCAAUGCGGUCCAUGCGCCUCUCACAGUGCGUGCGUCGCCUGCCAGGACGCUUAUCAGGAGGGCGACCUUAUUAUUCAGUGUGUGCAAUGCGAGCGCUGGUUGCACUGCAGCUGUGAUUCCAUCAAGAGCGAAGUAGAAGCCGAACGAUGCGCCGAGGAAGGAUACAUCUGUCUUCUCUGCCGCCCGAGAGACGUGCCCCCACCUCAUCUUCUUUGUGCACAGCCUAAGCUUCAACCAAAGUAUACCAGAUCCUCUCCACCACCCGCAACACAAAGUCCGGAACUUUUCAAGCCUUCUACUCAGCCACAUUUGGUCGAUGGAGUUUAUCUCUCCGACAUUGGGAUGAAUCAUAUCAAAUCUUUGACGUCGGAACAUCAGCAAACGCGAAAAAAAAGAAGGAAAAUGUUACCAUUAAUAGACAAAGAAGCUGACAUCAUGGCAACAAUCGAAUCCGUUGUUGCCGGUGGUAGUUUAGACAACUCUUUAGAGGGAGAAAGUGGAAAAUUAGAGUUAGUGGACGUAAAAGAUGAACCUGCUGAAGUGAAAGAAGGUACAGUAUGGCCGGCCGAUCAGCCACCCCCAGAAGGCUUUAGUGUGUGCACAUCAGAAGCUGGUAUUCCGGUAUUACGGCGAAAACGUCAGCGAAAUUUGCAAAAGUUGGGUAUCGGAGGUUUCAACGCGCGUUUCCGCACCCGGAAGGACAAAGAGGAAGAAGGCGUUGAUCUCGAAAAGCAAGGGGAGGCAUGGAUUCUUAUUCUUAGAUCAGGAGAACCUGAAAAACCAGGAGGCCCAGUACUAGAAUCUUCGAUUGUUGGGGUAGGAGACGACAAACCUCGCCGAAAACCACAACGUCGGAAACCAAAACCCAAGUUGGCCGAGUGCUUUCCUCUUUAUAUGCAAGAGGCGUUCUUCGGUAAGGAUCUGAUGGACACCACGAAGGACAAAGAUCUAGAGAGCAGCAGUGAGUCCGAGGGUGAACACAACGUCGCUGGAAACGCUGAUACCAUUCAAUUAUCUCAGGAUGAGCUCAAAGCAAUGGAACAAGUGAAGGCUAAGCAAGAGAAGGAAGAUGAUCAGAAGAUCAUGGUUUCAGAGCAGAUUAAGAGAGAAGAAAUCAUGGAAGAUGAAGGAAGUGAUACAGAAGCGCUCGGAGAUAUCUUGCCAAUUUCUGGAGACCUGUUAGACAGCGAUUUGGUGAAUACCAUAAUGAACGAGCCGGAUGAGGAUCUGGCAAAGGCCAGCGAGGCGUUGGACGAGUUGGACGACGCGCAAGCGCCCAGCAAGGACGAGCUGACGGAUAUUCUGAGUCCGCAUUUCAAUCUGGAAUCGAUGGUCAGAGACACCGGACUGCCAAACAUGGACAGUAAAGAUAUUGAGGAAAUCUUUAAGGGUGUGUUAACUGACGAAUCGCAAGAGUCUCAGGAGUCAUCGGUGUUUUCCGUUCAGGCUCAGGCCUCGCAUCCUUCGUCGUCCACGACACCGUUGGUGUCACCAUCUCCUCAUCCUGGUAUUCCAGCGGCAAUGCCUCUGGUGAGACCUCAAGUGCCUGGUACUUUAUCCUCCGUUGGACAAUCAAGUCUUAAUUCUCCUAUGAGUUUCCCACCGCCUUCUCCGUAUCAUUCUGAAUAUAGCAAUAGUCCACAAUUCAGUCCCGCGUUCUCCGAACCGCCCAGUCCGUGGGUGAAUCCCGAGGACGAAGGCAAUGCUCCUGCGAGCAAUGCUACAAUCUCAUAUAACCAAAGAAGUAACUUGAAGAUGGAAGCCGACGAGGCAUUAGGUGUGAACGCAACUAUAUCAUCUGUACUUUAUGCUAAUAUCAAUCAUCCUGAGUGGAAAAACGAGUAUCCAGCCUGGUCCGAGAGAUGUAAGCAAAUCUUAAAGAAGUGGCGGGCACUACCGAACGAAAAAAAGGCUCCGUACCUUACCCAGGCUCGCGAUAAUCGUGCUGCUAGCCGGAUGAAGAAAACUCAACAGAUAUGCAACUAUCGAGUCUCAAUCGAAAAGAAAGAGGAAAGAACGUCUAGUCGCACGAGAGGCACCCUGUAUGAAACGCGUCGUGUGAACGAGGACCACCACCAGCGGCCGCUGUUGACCCGACAGCUCUCCAAGGACAUUUCACCGAGCACCACCACCACUACCACCACUACCACCAACAUGACCACCACCACCACCACUACCACCACUACUACCACCACCAUCACCACCACCACCACCAUCACCACCACUACCACCACCAACCCUGCGACCGCAUCCGGCGUCGCCAACAUCAUGAUGAACAAGCCUGUGGGCUCCCUGGGCCUCACGAGACCCUUACUGGGGCCCCUACAGGAGAAACAACAGCAGAUCGGGGCGGGGAUGUUGAUGACUAGCACUACGUCGUCAUCAUCGUCAGGGAUACCUAGCAGUCAGCAGCAUCAACAUCAACAUCAGGAGGUGUGUGGGGUGCAGGGAGCAGCGUCGAGGCAGCUAACAACUCCCACCCCCCCUUGCCCGUCACCGCCAGAAAGCGCGAGACAGGCCCAGUCAACGUCGACCUCCUCACCCCCAUCCCGUCCCUCCUCUUCUCACUGUAGAGAUCCAGGUGAAGGGCAGCCACCACCACCACCACCUCCUCAGCAUCAGCAACAACGUCCGAUAGCGGUGCCCGCCGCAAUUGUUAACGGUGGCGACCAACAGAUCCGAGUGCUCACACCAUCCGAGAUCAUGCGCACUCUCCCGUCCCUCAGCCAAGAGCAUUAUGAUCCACCGCCACCAUUGCCGCCACCUCCACCGCCCACCGCGAUUGUUCACACUGUUGUUGUACCACCGACCCUCACCCCUGUACACCAUCACCAUCACCACCACCACCACCACCAACACCACCACCACCACCCGAGUAACGCCAUGGAGCAGGACAGACUGUCAAACAGAGAAGGUCGUUCCAGCAGAGAGGCUGAACAGGAGAGGCAAUGGAAGCAUAUGCAGGCCAUACGUCAACAACAGGCACAGAUGCAACAACAGGUCAUUCACGAGCAACGUGUGCAUGCAAUCGCGAGAGUGCAAAGACAAAUCAGUGAGGAAAAUACACCUCAACUAGCUACAGAUAACAAUCCCGGCGUGACGACGCAGUUACAAGUUUCUACGCAAGACACAAACCAACUUACUCCAUUAGCAUCUCCCUCGCCGGGUUCGCGCAGUACCUUUGCAACGCCACCUUUAAAGGUAACACGCAGUAAUCUCACCCCACAGAGUCCACAUCAGGGGAUGGUUCGCCUGCCCAAUCAGGUCUGCCCUAUUUCCCGAACUCCGGGAGUUGUGCGACCAGGUUUUCCACAGCCACCGUCACCCUUCUCACCGCAGGCGCCUCAAUCGCCUCAUGAUUUUCCCCAAUCUCCGGCAUCCUCUCAGGCACCGGAACAACAGCAACAGCAACAUUUCCAACAGCGUUUCGAGGGUAGUGGCGAUGGUUUCUCGCCACGGGGUCCUGCGCCUUCGUCGUCUUCCUAUUCGACAUCGUCGCCACAACACGCGACGGCACCGGCGCCACCAGGUACCACUCCUCGUGCUGUCUUCAAUCCACCAGCACCCUCCACGCGACCUAACCCUGUUUACGCGCCACCUCCACCUCCACCACCACCUCCUGUGCCUCCAUCUUCACGGACUCCUGAUCCGUAUAAUGUUGCCGGCGUACAACCACCUCCGGCAACCCCGGUCUCUGCUGCCCCAGCAGGCUACCCGUCUCCGCGUGCGCCCGAGCCUCCCAGAGCUCCCGGACAAGAGCAAGAGGUCUUUAGUCAACAACCGGAAGUUAAUCGCCAGCUGAGAGAUCUUUUGCAAAGGCAGCAAUUGAGCAAGAAGAUUGAAGGAACUAGCUGGACUCAAGAUGGCCAGAAUAAUUCCGAGAGCGGUCAACAACAGUUCGAAACAAGCCACGUGCAGCUUCCGCAACACUCCCAAAUGCCGGGGAAUUCUGGUAACGAAGGCACUUUCCGACAACCUUUGCCGCCUAGUAUUGUCCGGGCUAGGAUGCCUAUACAACCGAAUGUUUUGAUCAGGAAUCCCAUCGCAGGUAACAUUGACGCACGACUCCAAGGUAUCGACCAUCGCACCAGAAUGCUGCAGUCUCUGCAGAGAUCUCAAGCAAGUACUGGCUUGCCCCAGCAGCACUUCCAAAACUCCCAAACCCUGCAAACGCGUUUGCCUGUUGCUAGGAACACCAUUUCUGAGUCUUACGAUAUUUUGCAUCAACAAAGAUUUACAGAUGCGAAUCAGACACAGGGUUUAAACCAACGAAUCGCACGCACUGCACAAGAGAGCCUGAGUCAAGGAAUUCGCAUGUUGGGCGCUCAGAAUAUAGUUCGAACAACAUUACCUACAACUAUAGGUGAGACUACUACUUCGGAAGCCUCAUCUGAGAUUCCUGACAACGUUACAGCUGAAUUGGAAAAGUUGGAACAAGAAGGAGGUGCUUCACCGAUGGUCGAGGUGGCCGAAGGUGUCAAUGCAAUAUUUGGUGAUUUAGCCGACGAUGACGACGAGCUGCUUGCUGAAAUGGGAGCGGACUUCAAUAUCCUAGAAUAUGCAGAUCCUGAGUUAGAUACGAUCGCAGGCGGCGAGAAAACCAACAUUCUAGACUUGGAUCUGGAGCAGGUGGAGGUAGAACCGAAGGAAGAGAAACAGAAGAAGGAAACCAAGGACGAGGAGCAAAAACCGGAUCAUCUACCGACUGGUCCGGCUGAAAUAGCCGAUUCAUGCUCGACAAGUACGACGUUGACAACACUGACGGAAGGCACCAAUGUACCAUCAAUGACGUCAUCACAGCCUGCUUCACAACCAAACCCGACAGCAAUGCAGGCGCAGGUAAUGCAACAACAGUUGCACCAGCACGUACAGCAGGCAGCAGCGUUGGGUAGGCCGAUACUACCGGGGACGAGACUGGUGUCAUCGGACGGAGUGGUCGGAGUGGUGACUUCUACCAAUACGGUAACGGUCAGUUAUCCAUCCAGCUUCCCAGGACAUCCACAAAGAAUCUCGCCGGCGCACAUUCAAGUAUCGCAACAACAACGUCUCGGCAUGCGAGUACCGGGUGUACCUAAUGUAGCGGGUAGAGUUGUCGCCGUGAAUCACAUAAUCGGGCCUCGAAUGCCUUUGGCUCCACCGCCGCCUCCGCCACCACCUCCAUAUCCAGGACCUCCACCUCCGUAUCCUGGACCGAUUCAGAUGGGGCUGUGCCUAGGUGGUGGUGGCGGGCGGGCUAUGACGCGGCCCCCGCCGGUGGUCCAUAUGGGGCACCAGCAAGUGCCGGUGGCGGCGGCGGGCCCGCCGAUGUGCCCCGCGGUUCACACCGGUGCACCACCGCACCCUCACCGGAGACCCUUGCUUCUGCAGUUAUGUUCACAGGAGCAGCCGCUAUUGCUGGAGGAGCUACUGGAGCAGGAGAAACGUGAGCAAGAGAAGCAACAGCAGCAACAACAGCAACAACAACAAACGGAGAACACUACCUCUAGCAGUGGUGGUCUUCUGAGUGACAGCGACUUUGAGAGACUCAGAGCUGACGUUUUGGGAGCGUCAUCGCCACCUCAGGCCAUGGUACCCGCAGCGGGUGUACCAGUGAUCAGACCACCCUGCACGACUAGACCUCCAUCAGUGCCUGGUACCGGUUGGCAGCAAACUGGUGUACCCGAUUCGGCUAAAUUAGCGACCACUCAAGUGCCUAGACAACCUAUCGCCACGCAGACUCCGCCUGAAUCGAGAUUGAAUACCUUCAAUAUCCCCCUUAUACCAGCACCACCAACGCCACCGGAAAUUAUCCUAAACGAGCAAGAUCGACAGGCGCAUAUGCAAUACGAUCAUUGGCUAACCAAUCAGCAUUCUGUAUUGACACAGCAAUUGAAGUUUUAUGAAUCUGAAAUUCAAAAGAUUCGUAAAUUGAAAAAGUCUCUCACCAGUAAACAACGUCAGUUACGUAAGACCGGCAAUGAUCUCUCGGAGACCGACUCAGUGGAAUUGACUCGUGUUUCAACGGAGCAAACGUUCAUGCAGAAACACUUGGAAACGUCGCGAAAACAGUUGCGCCAGCAUAAUCUGUUGACCCAAGAGUAUCAUAACAAGCAACAACAACGGCAAACGUCGACGUCGCAGGUCUCGCAAUCAAACAACCCAGAGCCUUGUUCACCGCUCAUGUCGCCGUCACAGCACUCGCCGAUGCACUCGCCUGCUGCGUUAGUCAGUCAGUCUCCAGGUGCCAGCAUAAUUCAACAUUCGCCAGCAACUCCCUCCAUCGUACAACAUAGUCCUGGCGCUACAUUGCUUCAGCAUAGCCCAGGAAAUCCCCAAUCGACCAACCCGGGCACUAUGUCGCCUCACAAUGUGCAACAACAAUCGCCGCGAAUCGGCACACCACACUCGCAAGGCGGCGAAGAUAGUCCGUUUAGUCCGCAAAGCGGUGCGCUGCCGUCGCCGGGAGGGUUGUGUGGGCCUGCCGUAGCCGUGGCGCGGAUGACAUCACCGCAACAUCGUGCACUUAUUAGCGGUCGACUGGCUGCGGCGAGCGGUAGUCCAGCAGGGGCGUUUACGGUAGCGGAUGCGGUACGUGUUCAACAACCACAACAACGAUUCGCACGACCAGCCAGUGGCGGCGGUGGUACGAUGGUAAUGAGCGAAACUGCUGGUCAACAGCGCGUACCACCACGGGCAGUAGCGGGAGGCAUGCCCGUUUACGGACAACGUUCGCCGUUGGGUAGUCCGCAGCCAACGACGCAACAAGCUAGUUUGUUGGGUCAACAACCGCAAUUGCUGCAGAGACAACAGUUGAUUCAGCAACAACAUGAGGUUAUUUCUCAAGAUGGGCAAAAUGUUGUCACACAAAGAACGCUUCAAUUGGCUCAACAACGACAACAAAUGCUCCAACAACAGCAACAACAACAUGACGUUAUUCCUCAAGAUGGGACAAGUUCUAUCACUCAGAGAUCGUUGCAAAUGGUACAACAACGGCAACAGCUUCUCCAACAACAGCAGCAUGAAGCUAUUUCUCAAGAUGGACCUAACGUCGUUACUCAAAGAACGCUGCAAAUGGUUCAACAACGACAGCAAAUGCUUCAACAACAACAACAACAACAUGAAAAUAUCUCUCAAGAUGGACAGAACGUUGUUACUCAGAGGACAUUACAAAUGGUUCAACAACGACAACAGAUUCAUCAACAACAACACGAAAACAUUUCGCAAGCUAUUUCUCAAGACGGACAAAAUGUCGUUACUCAAAGGACUCUGCAAAUGGUUCAACAACGACAGCAAAUGCUUCAACAACAGCAACAACAACAUGAAAAUCUCUCCCAAGAUGGACAGAACGUUGUUACCCAAAGAACAUUACAAAUGGUCCAACAACGUCAACAGAUGCUCCAACAACAACAGCAUGAGGGUAUUUCCCAAGUUGUUUCUCAAGAAGGACAGAAUGCUAUCAAUCAGAGAACAUUACAAAUAGCACAACAACGACAACAGAUAUUGCAGCAGCAGCAGCAACAACAACAACAACGACAACAAUAUUUGCAAAUGCAGCAACAGCAACAACAGAAGCCGCCCAGCUCACCAAUGGUAUCUCAGCCGGCUAAUUCUCCUAGUCCUCAGCUUCUCCAACAAGGUUACGGCCAACCGCCGAGCUCACCCAUGGUACAAACGACAAUGGGUUCACCGAUGCUGCAACAAUCGUUGAAUCCAACCUCACAACCACCUAGUCCAAUGAACCGAAUCUCACCGAUGGUGUCGCAGUAUCAACCACCCAGUCCGAUGUCUAGAAGUCAUCCCUCUACUUCACCAAUGCUUCACGGUGGCCAUCAUCCUUCUUCAACGACCAAUCAGCCACCUAGCUCACCUAUGAUGCCUCGUAGCCCAUUGAUAGCUGGUUCGCCUAUGCAAAUGCAGCGAAGACAAUCUACCGGUAAUAGCCCGGCAAUGCCUGAUAGACCUCAGAGCGUGGAGAAUCCUCCAACUCCGAGAACACCUCAUACACCCCACAGUUUCGUUCAAGGCACUAAUUUGGUGGCGAGUGAUCAACAACAAAUUCUUCAACAAGUCUCUCAGGAGCAAAUUUCCUCAUCGGAACAUGUCGCCAGAAAUGGGAAUCCCCACAAUCCUCUAAAUCCAGUGCCGUCUCCGAAUCCUACUAGAGGUGGAGGAAACCCUAAUAAUUCUCUAAACCCAGUAUCAUCUUCAAAUUCUGCUCGAGCUGGAGGAAAUCCAAACAAUCCUCUGAAUCCAAUACCAUCUGUGAAUUCUACUAAGGGCGGAGGAAAUACUCGUAAUCCAUUAAAUCCUAUACCGUUUCCGAACUUCGGUAGGUUUGGCUUUUUUAAGUUGGGUUUGAGAGGUGGCUCGCCUAUGUGGUCGAGCAAAGCAGCAGAAAGCAGCAAAAGUAGCGGCACUGGCACGGGUUCGGACACAUCCCAGGAAGAGAAACCGCACACUUCUGUGCUUCGGAAAACGACGAAGAUCGGCUCGCUCGUAUGUGCCGACUAUAACGACUUCGACGAUGAUUCGCAUACACCGCCGCAGACGCCACCGACAGGUUUGGAUACGAAACAAGGAAGUCAAUCUAGUUCCUUGACCUCUUCAACUCUAGACAACGGUCCACUUGACAGUCCCGGUGAGAAGUUGGACCAGCUUGCGGAUACUACCGAUUACGACGACGAUAAAACUAUAGUAAACACCGAAGUGACGUUGAGUUCGGCAGCGCAACGUGACAGUGACGACAUCACAGUGAUCGAACAGUUUGGUGACUCCGAGCUGGUAGACGUCAUCUCGAGCAGUCUAGAGGGUGACAUGCAGGAGGAAUAUGUUCUCUUCGAGCCUGGAAUGGUGGUAGAUCUUUCAGCGGACAGCAACGACUCGCUCUGUCAUGCACUAGUGAAUGCUGAUGGCGGACAAGGUGACUUAGUGCAGAUCUUAGAGAUUGAGAACCCAGAAUCUCAAUCAGAGGAACCGAUUCUCAGCGACGACGAUUUGGUCCCAUCUAAUACAAGAAACAAGAAAGGUCUCCGGCUGGAUAUAGUGAGGACUUUACAAGCGGGAAAGAAGUUGGUGGCUGUCACUGAUACCUCGGAGUCUCCAGAUCAAGAGGAACUCAGAGUGGACCCUUCGCCAGGACCUUAUCUAGACAAUUCUCCUGAUCAAGAUCUCAUGGUAUCUCUUGUAAGUGAAUCUGAGGUGGUUAUUAUUGAUCCCACGACAAAAUCGCCUGAGGAUAACCUCUCUAAAGGUUCCUGUGAUGAAGAUACUGAGAAAACAGAUGUUAAUCUUCUAACUGACGUAUCUAAGGACAGUACGACUGUUGAAAGCUUGAUAGACGAUCAGACUAAAUCUUUACAGAAAGAUUCCAAACAGGGUAAGAGUUUAACGAGCUUCGUUUUCCCAGAAAAGGGUUCCUACAAUCAAACUAUGCCUUCAACUAUUCAUCAGACAAAUAUUAGCGUUGCGACGACUUCUAGAUCUCCAGUUUCUUCAGCAACUACUACAAUCUCUUCGAUUCUAAAUACAAAAUUGGUUUCUAGUUCCCAUGCUGGUUCCCAUGCUCAAGUUUUGGCUCAAACCAUCGCAACGGAAACGAAUACAACGAAUCGGGAUAUACUAUUAAACUCUUUCAGUGAUCAAAAAGGCAUUAAUUUGCCAUCAACAAUGGCUAGUAUCGUGGCGGAUGCCAAGCUCGCCGCGAGGCUCAGUCAAACUGCUUUAGAGAAUACAUCGAAUUCUCAACAAGGCAAACCAGAUCCAAAAAUUAGCGAAACUCUAAAGAUGUCAUCUCUAACGACGACUUCCAGUGUUCAGAAUGAAUUUCCAGGCUCCACAAGUAUAGAGACUUUGAAUAAUUCUACAAAAUUAGUUUUAAAUAUUCAAUCAACUUCUUUAACAUUGUCGACUCCAAAGAUGACAGAUUUGUCGAAGAAAGAGAGCACUCUAAAGAUGAUGGAAAGACAAGUGGAAAGUCAAGAAAGCGAGAUGAAAAAAAAGACGGAGGAAGAGGAAUUCGUACAAACAAGAGUCAAAGAUCAAAGUAUCUCUUCAGCUAUUCUUUCGACUUCGUUGACAGAAGAGAAGAUGAGUGAUCCCUUGAAUACGACGGACGAGUUAGAGAGCAUGCUGGAGGCGAUCCACAAUCCGGCGGAAACUACCUUAAAGGACGAGAAUAAGAAUGAGACUACCACAACGGCAACUUUAAAAAGAAUGUCGCCUGUUGCCGAUGAUCUGUCGCUCGUUAAUAUUCUGGAGAAUGACGUUGAGCCUGUGGAUAAUGAUAAAGAAGAGAAUUCUUCAAGCUCUGACACGCAAAAGAUUAUGAGCAAAGCGAAAGAGGUCGAAGGUGAUCUUGAAGAAAGCAAUAACGCGAAAAAUAUGUCGCCGAAGGAGAAAAUUGCCGAAGAACUAGAGUUGGAGAAUGCAAAACCGUACCUCCAGCAUUGCUUGAACGAAGAGAAGACUCUAAUGGAGGAAUCUUCGGACGAUAUUCUCGAUAUGUUGCACAAUAUUAUCUCGUCGAAACCGGAGAUGGCGAAUACCAGCGAGCUGAAGUCGAGUUUAAUAUAUCAAAUGCCUUCUCCGCUCGAUACGUUACCGUUGAACAUUCUGCAAGAUCCGCUGAUGGAUUUAGAUCAAGAGAGCCUGGAGAACGAUCAACUGUCCACGCAGGAGAAUAAAAGUCAGGCGAAGAAUCUGAAUUCUGAGGUGAAGAAAAGCCCGCCGGCACCAAAUCAGGCAGUGGUGCAGUUGCAAAAAAGCACAACGACAGUACCGCAUUUAUCGCCUCUGUCAAAGCCCACCGAGCUUACCAACAACGUUGUGCAUGUGUCGCAUCAGUUGCGCACACUACUCUCCUCUAUUGCCCAUCCGACAGGGAAUCAAACCGAUGUUGUCACCAUGGUUUCCUCCAUGAAGCCUGCCAAUGUAUUGUCUACUACGAGCCUCUCGACUUCAAACUCAUCAACCAGUAAUGUUUCUUUGUCGAGACUUGAUCAGAGUCGCUCACAAGCUAAUGUAAGCACUAGUGUCGUAAAGGAAGGGGAAUUGACUUUGAAAGAGUCUCCUAAGGAGUCUGCUAGGAUAACUUCUGCAAUUUCCAAGGCUGACCAGAUGUUCAGAGUAACCACCACUGCUCCAACCACCACUCUUCAAUCCAGUAACUCUUCGAAUCCUACGAGCACUAUUUCACCAUCAAUUAUGACCACCAGAACCAUCACCACCUCAAUCUCCAUCACGUCCAAUGCUAUGUUGAACGCCAUGCUAGGCGAGACGAGUUCAAUAAAAUCGUCUGUAGCAGAAGAUCACGGUUGCAGCAGCAGCACUACAUCAACUCAAUCCGACAAUAUGCUAAGCUCUGUAUUGUCAUCUACCUCGAUUCCGCGUUCGCAGCCCACCAGUCUUCAGGCAAUCCUACAGGUGAGCUCUGCGGCCUCGCGAGCGCUUAUAAAUACCAGCUCGACGGUUACUAGUUCGGUACAGUGCGUACGAACUAUCGUGCCACCGUCAGCAACUCCUAGCAUCCUGCAGACGACUUUAUCGCAAGCACCAAGCCACUUAUUAACUUGUAAUCAGAGUCAACACAAGUCUUCGCUUCUUCUGCCUAUUGACAAUAAAAACAAUGAUCUCGAAAAGCAAUCUACAACCAUGAAAAGAGACACCGAAGACAGCAAGGUUUUAGAGAAAACUUCGGGAAGAGAAAUAGAUCCUGACAAGAGUUCCACGCAUCCCCUGAGAUUCGAUGAUUCACAAAAUGUGUUACUGAAGCAACUGCUGCAGAGCACUGCUUGCCCGACACCGUCGCCUAACGGCAAAACGCAAGGCCAAGUACAAGGGCCCACUUUGCCGAAAGUGAAUUCGCUGGCGGCUCAGCUGGACCAUCAGCCACUCGUCCCCCCCGCACAAUCGUCUCGAUCAAAUCUGUUGGAUGAGACCUCAACACCAAAGGCGGCAAUUAAUAAACAAGUACUGGCGCGAGAAACGUCUUUCCUAUCCUCGCAUUCGAUGACACCGAUAAAGAUUCAAAGCUCGCCCACGAAAGAGGAGACUCCCAAGCCUCCUCCCCCGUUAUCCACGACGACGUCGUUGACUACGCAGAGAGGACAGAUUGAUACUUUGAAACAGCAGCAGCAACAGCAGGUCAAUCAGAUGAUAAAGGCAGCGCUUCCCAGCUCUUCCGGAAGUUCAACGGGAAAUCAACAACAGCCACCGGUUGCCGCAGCUGUAUCAUCGUCGACAAUAAUAACGACGACGAUGACGACAACGAGAACAUCGCCGAAGAGUUGUGAGCCAGAGGUUGGGUGUGCAGUAGUGAAAGAAAGCCUGCCGGUCCAGCAACGUAUGACCAUCCCAGUUUCAAGGGCUUCUGCUACUCAGCAGAAACCUCUGGUAGCCUCGAAGAGCAUUCCACCGCCUGCUAGCAAUGCCAGUAGCCUUUCCGUUGGUCAGACGCCAGGACUGCAACCUCCAAGUACCCUUCAAGUAACGCAAAAGCCAGUCGUCCCUCAGCAACAGACUUCCUCUGCAUCAUCCUCUUCACCGAAUAUUACUAUUAAGCAACAACUCAUUCAGCAAGUGCCUCACAGUCUGUCCCAUGGCCACAUAUCGAUUCCGUCGCCAGUCACAGCCGUCGCACCGUCAGGCCCCGCAGCAGCUAUGCCUUUAGUCGAGGUGAAGAAAGAAGUGGGCCUUGAUGAAGUGAUUCUGCCUGCUCAAGCUGCACCGACCAACGCUAGCCAUUUGCAUACCGAUACCAAAGACUUUCUUGCUUCAACCAAAGAAGAACUCAUGGACGGCACAAUGGACGACAAGACCGAUCUCAAGAAGCUAAAGAGACGACAAUACCAGCAGAAACGUAAGCAGAGCCAAGGCAAAGACACGGCGACGGCACCACAGAAGAAACGAUCGCGCAAGGUAUCACGUUUGGACGAGGACUACGACACAUUCGUGGACAAUGUGAUGGCGCAACUGCGUCAGUUGCAACCGAUGGCGGUGCUAGAACCAUUGCUCGGUCGUAACUACGGAGUGUGCCCGAUUUAUGGCUGCGGCGAUCUCGCCAAGAUCGCUAGUCAGCGGGAUUAUAACGCAAGAGUUGGGGAUUUAACGGGCAGUUAUGGCAAUGCCAAUUUGUCCGGGUUAUCUGAUCAUUAUAACACACAGCCCUUCGGCGAGCUCGACCCUCUACCGCCGCAGCAACCACCAUCCACGCAAAGAGGCUUCUACGAUCAGGAAUUCCCGCCUCUCAAAUUGGAUGACUCUGAUGAAAAGAAAGAAAAUAUAGCGACAAACCGCGACGUGGACUCUCCGGAUACCAUAGUGAGUUCAUCCUCGCCCGAAUGCGUUAUACCGGAGUUUAUGCAUCGUUUCCCCGGACUACGAUUAAUUGAAGAAGAGUCGGACGAAGAGGCGGACUGGCUGAAGCGUGUGUCACCUGUUAUACCCUUAAUCUCUCCGAUCCCGAUUAGACUAAAACCAGCUUACGCGAAGGACGUUGCUCAACAGGAUAAGGAGAAUCUUGGGGUACCUAAGCUUGGAAAGUCUCCUCCGAUCCCGCUGCGAGAAAGCGGAAAUGUCACCGUCACUUUAACUCUCAACAGUCAGGCUGCGGACGAUAUAAUGGGUGUACUUAAAGAUUUAGCGAAUAUUCUAAAUAUCGCUCCACCCACUGGCUAUCAAAUAGUCGAACGCACCACCACUCCUCCUAGUCAGAAAUUAGGUUUAUACAGGACCAAAGGAAAGGACGGCAAAGAAGGAGCUCCAAUCGACAUACAGAGCAUCUUGAACGGCGCAGCCAAGUUUUGUCGUCAUUGCGAUGUCGUGAUCCUAAAUAGCUUGAUCCGAAAGAAAGUAUCCGAUCUGCCAUUCUUGAGCAAAGAGGAGGCAGAACCUGGUGACGAAUUAUGCUUCUGUUCAGCCGCCUGUUACAUGCAAUUCGCUCUCAUGCAUCGCACCCCUUCCAAUACACAAGACAAGGCUGCGGCGAUAGUGGAUCACUUGUGCCACAAAAUGGAAACGAAGAUACUGGACGAUGAUUUGAAAAGUCUAAAGAAGAUACCUAUAAAGCAGCAACAACUACAACAAACAAUAGAUCAACGCGUAGAGAAUAUGGAAAUUGAUAAUGAGACGACCACGACAACCGCAACAGACGUAAUCAAAGUGAAGACCGAAAAACCAGAUCAUAUGGAGAUCGCGACGGAGAACAUGGAUACGGAAGAGAAGAGGCCAAAGAAACACUCGAUUCCCGAAGAAUCGAACGAGACUGCCGUGGAACCGCAACCACCCGCGAAGGUUUGGAGAGGUUUGAAAUAUAAAACCUGGUCGAUGGGAGUGAUACAACCAGCCACUAAAUUCAAGAAAACCACCGACAGAGAAAUCACUGAGAUGCUGUUCCGUAUGGGAGUGACGGUGGUACCCGCAAAGGCGGAGGAUAGUCGUCGCUGCAUGUUUUGUCAGAGUCAAGGAGACGGAACGGCCGACGGACCAGCUCGAUUAUUAAAUUUCGACGUGGACAAGUGGGUGCAUCUUAACUGCGCGCUGUGGGCCGAGGAUGUGUACGAGACGGUGAAUGGAGCUUUGAUAAAUCUAGACACGGCUUUGCAGCAUAGCCUCGUGCUGAAUUGCAUUAUCUGCGAGAAACCCGGAGCCACUGUUAAGUGCUUCAAAACACGGUGCACUAAUGUCUAUCAUCUUGGUUGUGCUGUCAAAGAUGGUUGCGUAUUUUAUAAGAACAAGAGUACUUUCUGCUCGCAACACGUGCAAAAGAACGAAAAGGACAACGAACUCACUACUCUAUCCGUCUACCGUCGCGUCUAUGUGAACCGUGACGAGAAUCGCCAGGUCGCCGCAGUCAUGCACCAUUCGGAGCACAACCACUUGUUGCGUGUCGGUUCACUGAUCUUCCUCAGCGUUGGUCAAUUGCUGCCGCAUCAGUUGCAGAACUUUCAUACGGCCAAUUAUAUCUAUCCAGUCGGCUACAAGAUUGUACGUUUCUACUGGAGUAUGCGACGCCCCAAUAAACGUUGUCGCUACGUCUGUUCGAUCCACGACGUCUCUGGUCGGCCAGAGUUUCGAGUUCUGGUUCAGGAACCUCUCCAAGAAGACGUGGAACUUCGUGACGCCACUCCGCGCGCCGUCUGGAGUCGAAUAUUGGAGCCAUUGGCGGAAUUGAGGAGAAAUACAAAUUCCGUUCAGCUGUUUCCAAGAUAUGUCUCCGGAGAAGAUCUAUUCGGCUUAACGGAACCAGCUGUAGUGCGAGUUCUAGAAAGUCUACCUGGAAUUGAAACUCUGACUGAUUACAGAUUUAAGUACGGACGCAAUCCGCUGCUGGAACUACCAUUAGCUAUCAAUCCAACCGGUAGUGCUCGUACCGAGGCGCGAUUACGUAACCAACUGCCAUGGAAACGACCUCACACACAGCGUACAGGCUCGCAUUCGUCGGCACGUGCGGCAGCGGCAACGGCGUUUGCGCCGUCGUCGUCGUCGGCGGCGGCGGCUGCUUUCGCUGCUGGCGAAGUCGCCUGUCCGUAUUCUAAACAGUUCGUACAUUCCAAGAGCUCGCAGUACAAGAAAAUGAAGCAGGAAUGGCGGAACAAUGUUUAUUUGGCUCGCUCGAAGAUUCAGGGUCUGGGUCUAUACGCCGCUCGCGAUCUUGAAAAGCACACCAUGGUGAUAGAGUAUAUCGGAGAAAUUAUAAGGACAGAGUUAGCAGAAACUCGGGAGAAGCAGUAUGAGGCUAGAAAUCGAGGUAUUUACAUGUUUCGACUGGAUGAGGAGCGAGUAGUAGAUGCGACACUGUGCGGCGGCCUUGCCCGAUACAUCAAUCACUCGUGCAAUCCUAACUGCGUCGCCGAGAUUGUCGAGGUCGAACGUGAUCUACGUAUCAUAAUUUUUGCUAAGCGUCGGAUCUCGCGUGGCGAAGAGCUGGCAUACGAUUACAAAUUUGAUAUAGAAGACGACCAGCAUAAGAUUGCAUGCGCUUGUGGCGCUCCGAAUUGUCGCAAGUGGAUGAAUUGAAAUGAAAAAUCUGAAGAAGACACGAAGAAGGAACAAAAACGAGAGAAAUCACAAGUAAAAAAAAACUCGUUUCAAUCUGCACAUUACGCCCGACGUUGUUAUCUUUCUUGUUUUAUUUGUAAUAUAAAAAUAGGGUAUAUUUUUUCUUACAUCUUAAAGAACAUAUAUAAAAUAUUUGUAAAAAUUUUUCCAAAACUUUGAAGAUCUUUAAUAUUGAAAAGAAUUUUUAAUUAUGCAUAUUUUUAACAAUGUUUCUGCUCGCAGGAGAGAAAAAUUCUUUCCUCGAGGAAAGGAAAAAAAAUUAUAUGUAUAAAUAUAUAGAGAUAAGCGACGGUUGUUUGACACAACAGACACAUCCACACGUAUACACAAUUGCAGUUAUAUUUACUUCGUGUAAAGAGUGCCAUGCCAUCGCGCAGUUUCUCACGAUUAACUGGUUAAUUAGUUGAUUAAUUGACAAAGAACGACGACGACGACGACGAUGACGACGAUGACGAAGAAGAAGAAUUAGUUGAAUGAACGUUUUGGUGCUAAUCGCCGCCAUCACACACACACAUUCCUCCAAAGUUGUAUAAUAUAUAUAAUAAACGUAGUUUAUAUCGAUUAUGUGCGUAACGGAGAACGAAGAAAAAAAGAAGAGAGUAUAUAUAUAAUGACACGCAAUAUCACGCUUGUAAAUUAUAUAUACACGGCGAGAGAGAGGAUGCGUGUGCGUGUGAAAGAGAAGAUUUCUAUCAUUGUGAACGAACCCAAUGGAUAAUGUGUUGUAAUAUAUAUAUAGAUUGUUUAUUCAUAUAUUAUUUUAUUAUUACUAUUAUUAUAUAUAUAUACACACAUAUAUAUAUAUAUAUAUAUAUAUAUAUAUAUAUAUAUAUAUAUAUUUAUAUAUAUAUAUAUAUCUGUCUGCAUAUUACAUGGUUUGUCUAUAUAUGCAAUAUGAUUGCAUCACGUAUGUGGACGCAUACACAAACACAUAUACACACAGUAUUUGCGCUGUGCUUUGUACAUACAUUAUGUAUAUUUGUGUGUAUGUACAUAUACAUAUACAUAUGUAUACAUACAUAUAUAUAUUCGAAAUGAAGUAGUAUAUUAUUUUCAACUACCCGGUGUGUAAAGCGAUAAUGCAGUACCUCUCAAUUUGGAAAUUAUAUACGAUUAUACCGAUUUCA